AUGAGGGAAUGUUGUGGCUUUGGAGAAGUAUUACCAAAUGAGUGCUUUACGUCUGGAAGCACUGAAAAGGAGGCUCCGUGCAAGAAUAGAAUAUGCCAAGUUUCUUCAAGAUACAGUCAAAGAAAUGGCAAAGGAGGUUCAAAUUCAAGGAGUGGAGAAAUUAAACAGACUGCUGAAGAUCUUGAUGAAUUUUUGAAUAGGGUCAGAAGGGGUGCUGGUGUAUCUAAUGAUGAGAUUCUUGGUUUUGCCAAGCUGUUUAACGAUGAACUCACUCUAGAUAAUAUCAGCAGGCCUCGAUUGGUAAAUAUGUGCAAAUACAUGGGAUUCAGCCCUUUUGGAACGGAUGCGUAUUUGCGUUAUAUGCUUCGGAGGAGACUCCAAAGGAUUAAGAAUGAUGACAAGCUGAUUCAAGCAGAGGGGGUGGAUUCCUUAUCAGAAUAUGAACUUCGUGAAGAUUGUAGGGAGCGAGGGAUGGUUGGAGCACUCUCAGCGGAAGAAAUGCGUCAACAGUAUCUGCAUGCAGUUCGGGAUUGGCUGGAUUUGUCUCUCAAUCAUGCAGUCCCAUCUUCCCUUUUGAUCCUUUCAAGGGCAUUAACUGUAUCAGGAAAGCUGAAGCCUAAAGAUGCUGUUCGGGCUACGCUUUCUUCUCUACCUGAUGAAGUUGUGGAUACUGUUGGUGUUACGGCUUUACCAUCUGAAGAUCCUGUUUCAGAAAGGAGAAGGAAGCUGGAGUACCUUGAGAUGCAGGAAGAACUGAUCAAGGAGGAAGAAGAGAAAGAAGAGGAAGAGCUGGCAAAGAUGAAGGAAUCUAAAGCUAGACAAGUUGAUGUGGCAUUGAAAGAGAUGAAUAUCCCAACGGCUAGAGAAGCACAAGAACAGGUUAUAGCAAGAGCAAUGGAAAAAAGAGACCAGCUCUGUGAAAUCAGUCGCGCAUUGGCUGUUUUAGCUUCAGCUUCUUCUGUGAGCGGAGAGCGUGAAGAGUUUCUUGGUCUUGUCAAUAAGGAGGAAUGCUCUAAACUUGACAUUCGUUUAUUUGAUAGAACUUUAUAAUAGCAUGGUAGACAAAGAAGAUGGUGAAAAAGAUGCCAUUAAGGCAUAUAGGGCUGCAAGAGAAAAAAGUGACCAUUCUAGUGAAGUGUCUGAUAGUGAUAAGGUUUCUUCAGCGCUUAUUGAAAAAGUUGGUGCUAUGCUCCAAAAUCUUGAGAAGGAAAUAGAUGAUGUAGAUGCAAAAAUUGGUGAUGGGUGGCGAGUACUUGACAGGGAUCAUGACGGGAAAGUCACUCCCGAGGAGGUGGCUGCUGUUGCUCAAUACUUGAAGAAUACAUUAGCAAAGGAGGGUGUGCAAGAACUCAUCAGCAAUCUUUCGAAAGAUAGAGAUGGAAAAGUUCUCGUGGAAGACAUAGUCAAAUUGGGCAGUCCGAUGGAAGACGACAAUAGAUCCGAGGAGGAGGGAAGAAGAAUUUAGAGACUAUAAUCCGUUUUCGAGCGAGCUUCAUUAAUUAUGAUCGAAGGUGUAGUCGGUGGAAUGCAUAUAUAUCUUGGCUUGGGGUUGCAGGCGUGGAGGUAUUGAACUGGAUGGAAUGGGUCAGUUUUUCCAUACCUUUUAUUUUAUGAAGAAA